UGACGUAAUGAUUAUGUCAAUAGUUCAAAGUUUCCUUCAAGUCGUUAGUUUAGAUCGAUAAACGAUGGUUACGCAACAGACCAUACCGCAGGGGGAUGCCGAAAAGGGAGCAAAGGUUUUCAAACAGAAAUGUGCUCAAUGUCAUACUGUUCAUAAGGGUGGCCCACAUAAGGUAGGUCCAAACCUUUAUGGUCUUUUUGGUCGUAAAACUGGACAAGCCCAAGGGUUUAACUAUACUCAAGCUAAUCAGAACAAGGGAAUUACAUGGGGUUGGGAUACUCUAUGGUUAUAUUUGGAGAACCCAAAGAAAUACAUCCCAGGAACUAAGAUGGUUUUUGCUGGCAUAAAGAAGAAGGGUGAACGUGCAGAUUUAAUUGCAUAUUUGGAGAGGGAGACAUCAUCUAAUGUUGCUGCCUGAUUUGAUACAUGCCAUUGGCGAAUAAUGAUUCAAUGUUUUUAAGUCCAACCUAUUCUAAUGUAUUAUUUAUGGUUGAUAAUAAACAUUUGCUUAAUUUGUUAAUUUCUGUAUGAAAAAAGUAAGUAUUUGAACCACGUAAAAUGUCAAUAAACAACUUUUGAAGCACAAGAA